AGGGCUCGGAAGAUGGAGGACUACGGGCGAUUCUUGGUGCUGUUGGUCUCGGCGCUGCUGGUCGGCCUCGUGUCGGUCAUCUUCUCCCUCGUCUGGGUCUUCCACUACCGCGAAGGCCUGAGUUGGGACGGCGGCCCGCGGGAGUUCAACUGGCACCCCGUCCUCAUCAUCACGGGCUUCGUCUUCAUCACGGGCAUCGCUAUUAUUGUGUACAGGUUGCCCUGGACCUGGAAGUGCAGCAAACUCCUAAUGAAGCUCAUACAUGCUGGAUUACAUACCAUAGCUAUGAUUCUUGCAAUUGUUUCUGUGGCAGCCGUGUUUGAAUACCACAAUGCCAGCAACAUUCCUAACAUGUACAGUCUGCACAGCUGGAUUGGGCUGACUGCUGUAAUAUUUUAUUCUCUCCAGCUUUUCUUGGGUUUCGCUGUCUUUCUGCUCCCUUUUGCUCCAGUUCCUCUCCGAGCAGCUCUCAUGCCAAUACAUGUUUAUUCGGGUCUUACCACCUUUGCAACAGUGAUUGCAACAGCUCUCAUGGGAAUCACAGAAAAGCUUAUCUUUUCAUUGAAAAAUCCUGCAUAUAGUGCAUCCCCACCAGAGGCAACUUUUGUCAACUCUCUUGGUCUUUUGCUUGUCAUAUUUGGUGCACUUAUUUUGUGGAUGGCAACCAGGCCCUAUUGGAAGCGCGCCCCAGAAAACAAUGCUAAAGUUCUGCGGCCCAUUGGAGGGACUCCUAAAGGCAAAGAAGCAGAAUCCACAGUGACAAACGAUAGUAAUGCCCAUAAAUCUGAUCUGAGGAUCAGCAGUGAAGCAGCCAGAAAACAAAACCUCAAACUUGAUGAAGCAGGCCAACGAUCAACUAUGUAAAGAAAAUACACAGAAUAACAGUACUAUUAUACUGCCACCCCGCCCAGUUCCUUCCAAUUUAGUUACAUUGAUAUAUAAAUAGGUUGGGGUUUUAUUUUCAUAUGGCUUGCUCAAAGGUACUCAAGUUUUCUGCAUAUGAAUUUAAAUUCCAGUAAGUCCCAAACAUACUAUAUUGAUUCAUGCUCAGCCCUCAUUUAAAAAAUGAGAGCGUGAAUGACAUCACAAAAUGGGAAAAUCACAUAAUUGGAAAAUGUUUUCCAUAUCACUUCUUAAUUUAAUGGUUCUAUCUCUUAUAGUCAUGAAAAGUUAACAAGAUUGAGACUAAAUUUUGCUCUGAAUGAUUUUGCAGGUUAUGAAUCAGAGUCAUGAAGUGUAUCAGACAGCAGAAUUUAGUUGGUCACACAUAAUUUUUCUGGUAAUGUUCACUUUUUUAAAGACCUGUGUUCUGGGCUGAUUAACCCCCUCAGCAGCUGCUAAGAUCUAUGGGAUUUGAGGUCAUUCAGCACUUUGCAGAGUUGCACCAUAAAAAUGUUUAGUCUAAAAUUUUGAAUUCAAAAGAAGAAAUGAAAGUUUGCCUGAAAUCUUCGUUCCAUGUUAUGUUUCCUUUAAAAACUUCUAUUUUUUUUUUUUUAAAUCAGAAUGUAUCUGUUGACUUUUUAACCAACUCUACCAAAUAUAUUGUAUACAGACAACACCUGGCUUUGGAUUAUGUGCGAUCAUUACUGAAAUCUAAGGAAAUUGUAAGACAGCCAAAUGCAGAAUUUGUCUUAUUUGGAAAGCUAUAGAUACACACUUAGAAAAAUAUGUAUCACCUAAACCAAGUCUUCCUUUUAUCCCAGAAGGCAGCAUUUUACUAGCUUUAUUUGAUUGCACAGUUCUAUUGAUUUAUGGCACUAGACUAGAAAUUAGGAGGUUAGAAACCAGAGAAGACUGCUAGCCGUCUCACAGAAGAAAGGAGCUUAAAGUGAGAAAUGCUUCCUCCAGGAAACAGCUGAGCUUUGCUGAUUUGAUUAAAACGCUACCCAUUAACUGAAAGCCAAUUUUGGUAUCUCCACACUGGUGUCAAAAUCAUUAUCGUCACAGGCAUGAAGACAUACUUUAGUCUAUAAGCAAACUAUAUAAGCUCUAUGACUUUUUAAUUUGAAAUUAAAGUGUUAAAUAAUGCAGUUGGAGUCUCUCCUGGCACUUUACUUUCAUAGCUUUUUCUAGUAAUUGGACUAUUAAUGUAUUAUGCUUAUUCAUUAUUUUCACAGAUAUACUUAUUUUUUACUACUAUAGAAGAAGAAUUAUGGUAGAUUAUUUUGAUUGCACAUGUCCAAAAUGAUGAGCCUUUUUAUUAUCUCUUGUAAAACCUGCAGAACCCACUACAAGUCCAAAUUUACCACUGUUCGUGUUGCAAUAUAGACAGUUUCAGACAGCAUAUAAUUUCCUAUUUUUUUAAAGACUACAUAAAUUUUUAUCUACUUCAGCUUUUUAAAAUGUUUAAACACACUAAACUUUAGCAAAUAUGCAAUUUUUGGAGUUCAGUGUUGCAUUAGUACAAACAAUUUUGAUCAUGAGUUAUUUUGGAUCUUCUGUGACAAGAAGCACCUCAGUUCCUGUUAUUUGAUUUGGAAUACCAUUUAAUUAUUUGGUGAAUUCAGUAUAGAAAGCUAGCAUAUUAAACUAUUUGAAAAACUUUUCUGCUGUACCAUUUGGUACUCAAGGACUACAUCCCAGAGUUCUAUGUUUUCACUUACAUGAUGUGGGAUGACUGGCACCCACCUAGCAUUGAUCUAUUGUUUCAUUUGAGAAAAUACCUGCUUUUAAAUGCCUUAGUGUAGGAUUCAGGUAUGACAGAAGGAAUACUAUCCUGUUGCGUGAGCACUCCUCCAGUCCCCACUAUGUGCAGUGGAUCAGACAGCUUUUUCCCUGUUUUUCAAGUUCCACACAAUUAUCUGUCUUCCCUAAAACUGUUCUGCGCAGCUUCAGCAUAAAAUCCAAGUAGUACUGAUAGCAGCUUUCCGAGAGAAAAACAAGCACUUGUUUUACAUGACAUUAGUGCUCAACUGACACGACAUGAUUAUGUUAUGCAUCCUAUUACAAAUCUAUAUAUUGAACAUUAAGUAGGAAGAGGGAUUCACAGUAGCUUCUGGAGAACACUAAACUGUGCUGUCUUCUGAUCUCGUCAUGUUCUGCUGAACAAGUCUGCUUUUUUGGUGAAAUCAGUAAGCAUCUUACAGCUGGUGGAUGCAAGUUUAGUUUUUGUGAGAGAUGCUCUAUUAACACUUUUGAAGUAUAACAGGUGAAGUGAAUAAAGGAACUCAACUGUCCUAGUAAUGUACUAUGCUAACUUUCUAUACUGCACUCACACAGGCCAACAGCACUUUAAGUUGGUAUGUAUUGGCCUGUUACUGUGUCUCAUCCACCUGUGAAAAUGAGCUCAUUCAAUCUUUGCAUAGUAGUGAGUCAUCUAAUAAAAGCGUGUGUUCGUGUGGAAGGUAGUCACUUGUCUAAGGAUUGUUCUGGAAGAAACUCUAACUGUACAGUAUAUUGGAGAAAACCCCACAAAAUCUGUGAUUCUUUUGUUACAACACUGACUUGGAUGUAUUGAAAUCAACAGCUUUUAGGUGAAUGGACCUAUAUGCUGUUAAAGUUAAGCUAUAGUAACCAGUAUGCCUUCUGUUUUCCAUUUUAUUCCAUGUACUGUUCAAGGGUAAUGAUAUUUGAAAAAAAAUGGUGGCAUUUCUUUACUUCUCUAUUCUGAUGAUAUAAAACUAAUUGAAAAUCAAAGAUUAGCAACAUUUUGAAGGUAGUCUGCCAGACUAUAUUUUUGUUUCUCAACUUUGAGGUUAAACAUGAUAGUAGAAACUCAGUGGGAGCUGCAAGAUUCCAUUCUGGGAAAUGAUCAUAAUCAGUGAUACCGCAUGUGUACGAACUGUGGGCUUCUGGCUGCUUUGGUCUUUGGAAGGUCCCCGUGAGAUGCGGUAGCUGUGAGCUCCUAAACCUUGCUCAACCUUGGUGUGUGCAAUUUAAAACAGACUGAACAUGCUAUAGACUUUUGGCUUCUGUUCUAAACUGAUUAAAAAGGUCUUUAAGUAUUCUUGCAACAUAUGAGGUUAGUUCAAGUGCUAAAUAAAAAUACAUAGGACUUUGGAGAGUAAUUUUCUCUGGAAAAAAAACAUUCCUAAAGCUGCUUCUCAAAGUGGCCUUCCAUUAACUUUCCUUUCAUGCAACUUUUCUUACCUGUAUUUAUGUGUAAUAGUAGCAACACAGGAAAUAAAAAGGUGUAUUUUCAAAGAUAUAAAUGGAAGGUAGAACUCUAGCUUUUUUGUCAGGAUUUUUCUGCAUGUUUGGAAAUCUUCUACAUUGUUGUUUUUACAGGGACAUGACUGUAGAGCUUACAUUCCGAGUUUGGAUUCCUAUAAAAACAUAGGAAGUUACAAAACCUGACAUUAAAAGUGCUAUUUUUUUUAAGAUGCCUGAAAAAAAAAUUAUUUUUUAAAUGUAUUUACGUGCUGUCAUGCAGUACUGCCCACAGAAGCAGAACAGCGUUGUUUCCAACAUCAAUGAAACUGAGAAAUGAUGGUGCAAAUUAGAUUUUAAAAUUGAAUGUACAGUAAUCACAUGUAUACUUCUUACUACGUGUAACCAAGAAUAUUGCAUAUGAUAUUGUAAAUAUGGAUUACUUGUUUACAUGGAUAUUUUAUUGAGACACUAAAAGAUAUUGCCAAAUGUUUUCUAUUUCAGAAGAUUUUCUUUUGCUUCUAUUUCAGAAAAGUCCUUCCUCUGUUUCUAACUGUUCACAAGAACUUAAAGAAUGAUUUUGUUGUUUUGUUAUUCGCGGUACUUAUUUGUAGAUGAAAGCAAAUGCUUAAUUAUAAUGCCUAUUUUCCUUAUUCUUUUUUGUCUGUUAAUUAAAAUGAUUUUUCAAGCUUA